AUGUCUUCGCCUCCUCUGCGCGAAGGCACUCCCUCCAAACUUGCCACACCAUUCCUGCAUCCCACCAUCUCCCGCCUGCGCUCCUUCGUGCCACACUCUGCACAACCCUCCGUCACCAGUAUCGGGACUACACCCUCAAAUUUUCUCGAACAACCGUCGCCCGCUCCAUCACACUUUUCAGCAUUAUCCCCGGUGUCUUCGUCAACAAACCUCCAGACGCCCAUGGAGAAACACGACAUGAACGGGAGUUCCCAAUCAGAGAGGGAAGUAUUUCGUUGGACUCAGCUCCACCAGAUCGGAAACCAGUUGUAUACCAAGACCCCGCUCAAGGCGUCCGCUAUUCUUGGAUCCCCGGCCCUUGGAUCUCCGCUCGUGCUUGCUGCGAACGGUAUGAUCUGCGUCGGGACGGACACGGGAAGAAUAUUCGUGUAUGAUUUCCAGCAAACCUUGAAAUGUGUGUGUGGUGAUAAUGCUUCAGAAAAGAACGUUGGGCCGGUCACAGCGCUUGCCAUGUCUCACGACCAUACCUACGUCGCCUCUGGGCACGCUUUCGGCCAUGUACAAAUCUUCGACUUGACCAAGCCGCAAGUGCCUGCUCGGUUCGUUCCACCGACUUCGUUAGCCUCUGUUGGAUCAGGGCGGAAAGAAGGGCACCUCCUCGGUUCUCGCAUCGUCAAUAUCGAUUUCGUGGCAGGACGCCACACCGCCGUUGUCACGGCUGAUGAGAGCGGACUGGCCUUCUAUCAUAGUCUUGGAAAGGUCCUCUUCGUCGACGCGACAGACGUCCUACGCAUCCUCGGCAAAUACCCGGAAGAGGAACCCCCACCACCCCCUCAUCUCGCUCAGGCCAAAGCCAAUGGCAACGGUCACGGGAGCGCUGUCCGCCGAAAGCCACGGAAGACCAAUACCAUCCUGGCUAUGGCGCCCCUUCCUCUGGGCACAACGCCUCAUCCGACAGAUGAAUACAACGUUGUCGCCCUUCUGACUGCCGCUAAGCUUGUCAUCGUUGGCCUCAAGCCCAGCCCAAAGACAUGGUAUCGACGACAUCGAGACGGAAGCGCGGAUCAGACCGGAAAAUCCAAGUUUCGUGCCGCGAUGGCUUGGUUUCCUAGCGUGGUGGCCCAUGGAUCCGCCAAAUCUGAGUCGAUCCCGUCGAAAAGGGGGAAGAAGGACCCUCCCAUUGAGACAACAAUUCCGAUGCUGGUAUACUCAUGGGGGCCGGUGCUUCACCUGCUACGCGUCACAGAGAGUAAGAUCACGGAGACCGCUGUCAAUCAGCGGACGGGAAAGACGGCCACUGUGGAGAUAGGAAGGCUGUCUUUCGAGGAGGCGGCAAAGUGGUCCGUCGACGGGGAUGUACUUGCAAUUCAGUGGUUGAAUGCCAAUCAAAUCAUUGUCACCACUCUCGCCACUCUUGAGGUCUACGACGUCUUGACACAGAACAGAAUCGAGCGGGUUCGCUUUGACGCGUCUUCCUUAAUCUCGCCGACGAUGGGCUACACCAGCAACGGAACCAUGUCUUAUUCGGACUCACUUGGCGACAUUGCCCAUAGUGUGCGGACAUACAAAGGCAAAGUAUUCCUUCUUGGUCGCCAAGAGCUUCAAGUCGGCACGCUUCUCACAUGGGCAGACCGAAUACUGUCCUUCGUCCAGGAAGGCGAUUUCCUCAGCGCCAUCGACCUCACCAGGGCGUAUUAUCUGGGCACAGCGCCGGGCAACAAGAACGGCCUCCCUGACGAUCCUCAGCAGCUCAAGAAUGUUGUGGAACAGAAGAUGCGCGAGCUCAUGACUGCUUCAACACGAUACGCGUUCUCUGAGGACCGCAUGACGGAUGGGACGCACAUCACCCCCGACGGACGGGGUGUAGACCGCACGUCCUUGUUUGAAGGUCUAGUGGCGACAUGCGCACGAGCCUGCAUCGUCCUGGACGACUUCGAAUUCCUUUUCGAGGACCUAUUUCAAUGCUACGACGAUUGCGGCAUCACCCGAAUCUAUCUCGAACAACUCGAGACCUUUAUCCUGGACAACGACAUUCGAUACGUGCCACCGCGUAUAGCGCAGCGUUUGAUCGCCAUGCACGAAGAUGACAAUAAACCAGAUCUAGCGGAGCGGGUCAUCUGGCACAUAGACCCGGAGUGUUUGGACAUCAACCAGUCCAUCAAUCUCUGCCAGAAGUAUCACCUGUACGAUGCGCUCAUCUACGUAUAUACCCGGGCCAUGAAGGACUACGUGGCUCCCAUCGUGGAACUUCUCGGGCUCAUCCGGAAGGUCAUGCAGUAUCGCCGGGACAGACCUUUCAACCCCGUUCAAACGGGUACGAACGCGGAGAAGCAGGAGCAGGAGCAGGAAAUCGAGCCCGUAGUCUUGAACGCGUACAAGAUCUUCCCCUAUAUAGCCAACGUCUUGUCCGGACUCACAUAUCCAAGCGAAGAGCCAUUAGAACAGGAGGAGGCUUCGCAAGCGAAACAAGAUGUUUAUGGUUUCGUGUUUAACGGUCGUUCGACAUCCUGGCCAGCAGGAGAGAGCGGGAGACUCGUGCUCACAGCGGAAGAGGAGGGUCGUGGGGAGCCAACUUACCCAUACUGCCGGCUCUUACUGCGUUUCGAUGCGGAGGCGUUCCUUCAUUCUCUGGACCUUGCUUUCGAGGACGCCUAUCUCAACGACGAGAGUCAAGGAGCUAGUCGGUUGGUCUUCAUCAAGGUCCUUCUCGAGGUUGUCAAGUCUCAACCCGGACUUUCUCCAGGCGAUGUGACCUUCGUCUAUAUCUUCAUCGCUCGAAACGUGCCCAAGUACCCACAAUUCAUCCAGAUGAGCCCAAGCUCGCUGUCGGACAUCCUCAUCGGUCUCGCUACUGACCCUGAUCCGAACACUCGAGAGGACCGCCAGUUGGCUGCCGAAUACCUUCUCUCCGUUUACACGCCAGACGAAAGCGAUGAUAUCCUUCAUCUAUUCGAGAAGGCGCGAUUCUUCCGCAUUCUUCGCUCGUGGCAUCGACAGGAACGACAGUGGGCGCCUCUAUUCCUUGCUUACCUGCACGAUCCGGACAUCCUUCCACUCGAACUUUUCCGUAGUUCGAACGAGAUAUUCAAGUUUGCAUGUCGUAGCAAUAAGGGCGCUCCUCCAGAGGAUUUGCUGGUCACAAUAUCUGACUCGUUGCCGCACCUCACGAAUGCGAACGUAAUGGAGACUGCCUUAUUCAUCGACGCUCAUACCCCUCAACUACACGAGAAAGCUCUGGAGACCUUAGGACCGAAAGGCGACCAUGCCCGUUUCGCAUACUUGCACUGUCUCCUCGCACCUCCUACAGCAGAAGACCACGACAGACAUGUCACUUCGCGAGCAAACACACCUUCCUCUCACCUAUCACCGUCACUCCGUCAGCUCUAUGUCACCCUGCACUGUCAGUUUGACCCGGCCGGUGUCAUUCCUGCUCUUGAAUACUUCCCGUUGGAUUUCCUGGUGUGGGACGAUGUGGUGCGAGCGUGCGAGGAGCACGAAUCGUUUGAUGCCGCAGUAUGGGCUUUGAAUCGAGAUGGGCGGCCCUCGGAAGCGUUAUCGAAGCUUGAGAUGUUCGACAAGAUCCUCGUCGGCCGUAUAGCUACGGGGCUAGUGUCGCUUCGUGAGGCCGACACAGAAGACUGGACAUCAUUGCAGGAGCAACUGGACGCGCUGGAGAGGGUCUCCAGGAUUGGAGGCUCAGUCUGCCUCGAGCACUCAAAAGGCGCGGAGAGCACUUCAUCCGUCGAAGAAUUCUGGUUCCGCCUCCUUUGCACCCAAAUUGACGCGGUACAAUCCAUCUCUGGUUGCUGCUCGCCCCAGGCCGGUUCUCAAACACUCGAGGCUGAAGAUACGACGACAAGACAGGAGCGACAAGUGCUGCAAUCCCUGCGGAUGUCGGUCCAGAAGACGUUCUCUUCGUUGGUCUCCGUGAGCUCGUCGAAGGGUAUUUCCUUCCCUCGCCUUUUCAAGCGUCUAGUCGAGGCGACGUCGCACUCCGCCAAAGGGACACCAUACACCGAGUUCCGCACUAUCUUGACCAGCAUGAUGGAUACCUACAGAUCUGAGGGAGACAUGCUUAUCAUCACGAAACACCUAUUGGACCGAGACUUAUUCGAGACGGUGGAGAGUCUGACGCGAGAGAGGGCAAAAGGUUGGGCACCGAGCAGAGGGCUCUGUCAGUUCUGUCGACAGGUGCUAUCACCACCGCUGAAGGUUGGCUCACGUGCUGGAGGAUCGGAGAGUGAGGUCGUUAGCAAGAUCGUCGUCUCACGGACAGGAAAGAUAUACCACAGUAACUGUUUGCCUUCUGACCUUCCACCUUCCACCACUGUACAUUAG